AUGGCCUUGCCUCAACCCUACACCAUCUCUGUCCCAGAUGCCGCCAUUGACAAGCUGAAGCGGAAGCUUUCUGAUACUGAUUAUCCUGACGAGCUCGAUACACCAAACCAAUGGCCUUACGGCUCUCCCUUGGCGGAUAUCAAACGCCUCGCUAAGUACUGGGAGACGCAAUUCUCAUGGCGCGACGCAGAAGCAAAAUUGAACAAACUACCCAACUAUCGCCAAAGUGUCAAGGUCGACAACUUCGACCCAAUCGAUGUGCACUUUGUCUGGAACAAAAGUGCGAACCCGAAUGCCAUCCCAUUGUUGUUUGUCCAUGGAUGGCCUGGGUCUUUCAUCGAGGUUACCAAGUUGCUUCCAUUGCUCGAGCAGGGCGAAAAAGAAGGUGGGCCUGCCUUCCACGUUGUUGCACCGUCUUUGCCAAACUUUGGCUUCAGUACGAGAGUCACGAAGCCCGGAUUUGCACUGUCGCAAUACUCAGAGACUUGCCAUCGGUUGAUGCUGCAGCUAGGCUACGAGAAGUACGUGACCCAGGGUGGAGAUUGGGGAUUCUACAUCACCCGUAUCUUGGGCAUCUUGUAUCCCGAUCACGUUCUGGCGAACCACAUCAACAUGAUAAGAGCACAGCCGCCCAGCUUCGCGUCUCAGCCUGCACUGGCACUCCAGCAUGCGCUGACUCCGUACACCGAGGCGGAGCAGAAGGGUAUCGAGCGCUCCGACUGGUUCAUCGACCAAGGCCAAGCUUACCGCAUCUUGCACUCGACCAAACCGCAGACCAUCUCGUACGCCUUUUCAGACAGCCCCGUAGCGUUGUUGGCCUGGAUCUAUGAGAAGCUAGUGGAUUGGACGGAUAACUAUCCUUGGACUGACGACGAGAUUCUGACGUGGAUUAGCAUCUACUGGUUUAGUACGAGUGGACCGAACGCACAUGUCAGGAUCUACUAUGAGGCACAGCACAACCCGACGGACAAGAUCCCGAAUAGAGACCGUGCAAGUCAGUGGGUGGACCGAGUGAAGUUGGGUCUUGCACACUUCCCGAAGGAGCUGAGCGUUGUGCCAAAGAUCUGGGGUAGGACAAUGGGUGAGUGUCUAGAGUGA